AUCUAAAUUUAUGUUUUUAAAAGAUACAAAUGUAAAAUAAAUAAAAUGUGCGACAAUAAAGAAAGAUGCGAGCCAUGUCGCACUAUCAAUUUGGCGAAGCACAUAAACCAACCAAAGCCCGACAUGCAAAUAUACGACAAAUGUACUCCUCCGAGGAAGAUAGAAUGCGGUCGCGUUACAGAGCUUCCCAUUCACCCCACGUGCAUAAACAUAUGCACCAAGGAAUUACAGUUAAAAAGUGCCAAGAAACUGCCUAAAGUGACUGCACCUUAUGCUCACGGCAAGCUUAUGUAUUUAGUCAAAGCUGGUAUCCUGGUAGGCACUGCGUAUUUCACUUACUCGCAGGGAGUGUGGGGCGACCAGAAUGACUCCACGGAAUGUAUACGACGCUGGCAAGAAUACAUGCGCAGCAUAAAUACGAGAAAACCGCCCUUAUUCGACAAGUGUGGUCGUGUUGUUAAAAAAGAAAAUAAUGAAAGCUUGUUAGCACCUUUGUACUCAUUUUACAAGAGCUUUGUGACCACGUGUUUUUCAGGCAUCGUAAAAAUUCCGGUACAUGUAAAAUGUGCAUACCUCGACUACCUGAAGGCGCUGGAGAGGAAGGAAGCUGAAGAGGCAAAGGAGAGAAAAUUACGGAAAGAAAGAGGUUAAAUCUGAUGUGAUAUGUUUUUUUACUUCUUGCAACAUUGUUUAAAAUUUUUAAUAAUGGUUAUUUUGUACAUUGCAACACUGUUUUGAUAA